AUGGCCAAUGAAGAGCAGAGAAGGGCCUUUGAGUCGUACAUGGGCCGCACUGGCGGCAGCGGCAGUGGCAGUGGCAGUGGCAGCAACGGACAAGACCAAAACCAAGGCCAGCCAAUUCCUCAGUACCCGGGUUCCUUCGCCCAGCCAGCCAACUCGUAUCUUUUCAGUGAGUUCUUGAAAUCGGACUGUCUUCAAUUUCCAGGCCUUGGAAUACCUCCUGCGGCACCAACACCCCCACCGGCAGCCUCCUCUUCCGUCGCUUCGUUUCCAGGAUAUCAGGGAGGCUAUCCGCAGGCUGGAUACGGCCAAGGCACCUACAGUCAGACCGGAAUCCCACAGCGCCCAGCGCCGCUUUUAGAUCCGCAGGCACAGCAACAGGGUCAACAACAGAUUUCAACAGCUGGUCCAUUAGGAUAUGCUCAGGCACCAAGGGAUUAUAUCCCUCAGCCCCCGCCUCCACUAGGAUCUAACGCCGACCGGCAGUAUAACAACCAGAAUUCUGAUAUGGAUCGUCGGCGAAUGGCUCCACUUACGAGCGCCAUGGUGCCAUCGUCACGGGAUAUGCAGCAGGAUAAUAUGGAGUCAAGAUCACAGCAGACAAGCGAACGAUAUCACUGCCAACGAUAUGGGCAAUCCCAGGCAACUGCGGCACCACCACUGCAGGUCGAAGAAGUGGCUGUACCAGUUAUGCUGUGUCACACCUGUAGUCACUGCGGCCAAAUGCGCUCCGCAGGCUUCCAUCGCAGUAACCCGGUCCUCCCUGGCAAGCCUAUGGUUCCCACGCUCUGCCGACGAUGCGAGAAGAAGCUUAAGAGCUCAUACCGCUCAAGCAGCAGAUACACACACAUCCGAAAGUGGGUCGGAGGCGAAGCAGAGAGGAAGCCUAUAUUGCGCGCUACUCUCCCAGUCGCCCACGUGUGA